AUGGAGCAUAACAAGUCUGCAGCCCAGACCCGGUCGGUGCGUCGAGCCCUGAGUGCGCAGUGGGGCUGCGAAGCUGAUGACAACAAGGGUGCUGUCGUGCCUGCCAAAAGCGCGGCUCGAGAAAAUCCGUCCACCCAUGGCGAGAACGACAUUGACCCAAAUGACUUGAGCCUCAUUCUGCCGGACGAAAUCUUGCUCAAAAUUUUUCGCCACCUGGAUGGCCGGUCACUGGCUCGGGCGUCCUGCGUCAACAAGCGAUGGUUUUACUUUGUUCGCGCAUACGAGCAACACCUAUUCCGGCCACUGUGCAAGGCCUCUGACUGGCUCGAUGUCGUGGCUUCGCCCCGGCAUCGUGGCCUCGCGGAGCAUUUUACGGUGCACAGCCCUACGCGCGUGGUCCACAACAGCAGCCACUAUGAAGCAGCAAACAAGGAGAAUAUCAUCGUGACCCCGCCACGCCAUUCCGAUACUUCAAAGGAACCCAACUGGCGGCUGGUGUUUGCCAAAAACACGCUGCUCAGGAACGUCUGGACCAACGCCGACCAAGCCGAACUGGAACGUCGCCGCACUGCUCAGCGGUCCCUCAUCGUCCCCAUGGACACUGAAGCUUGGGGUGCCUCCCUCGACGCCUUUGAUGGGCAUAGCAGUCGCGCGUCUUGA